CAGUCUGUACUGGAUGUGCUCUUCAGGUCUGAGUACAGGACCCAGGAGAGAAGACCAAACCUGAGCCUGACUAUGAGGCCACGGCUCCCUGACAGGAGUAAGCUGGAGAAGGACAUGAGGGAGCUGGACAGGAAGCUGGAGGAGAGCAACUGGAGGUUGGAGGAGCUGCAGAUGACAGAGGUUCAGGAGAGACUGGCCGCAGAGAGGAGAGAGCAGGGGGAGAGGGAGAGAGCCGUGCAGGAGAGAGUGGGGAGUUUGAGGACACUCAGGGAAAUGUAUCACCUCAUGCUGAUCAUCGGUCCGGACCCAGCGUCCUAUGAGACGGUACCACUGAGAGAGCCUUCCAAGAACCCCACGGUCCAGCAACUACAGGCUCAGUGUAGGAGGGACCAGGAAAGAUGGAGGGAACUGGACAGAGGGCGACUGGAGCGCAGUAUGAGGAUGAUUGGAUGGUUGGACGAAGAACUGAGACACUUGCAACAGCGAGUUCCGGAGAGACGUGUUCCGGAGAGGUCAAGCCUACCUGAUCAUCUCGAAGCUCAGCUCCAUGCCCAGGAGAGAGUUUGGCUGCAGGAGGCGCAGAGAGUGAGGGAGGAGUUGGUCAGGAGGGUGAGGGAGCAGUCAAGCCAAGCUGAUCAUCUUGAAGCUCAGCUCCGUGACCAGGAGAGAGUUCGGCUGCAGGAGGAGGCACAGAGAGUGAGGGAGGAGUUGGUCAGGAGGGAGAGGGAGCAGUCCGAGGAGGAGGACAGGACCACAGAGGUUGAUCAUCUCAAGCAGAAACAAAGGAUUGAAAAAGUGGAUGAACUCCAGGGAGAGAAGGAGGACAUGAGAGAGAUGGAGAUGAAGAGUGAGGUGGCAGCCGAGGAGGAGAGAGAGUUGGAGGAGUUGAGACAGAGUGAGAGAGAGGAGUUGAGGAGGGUUGCUGAGAACAUCACCUGGACAUCCAGCGAUGAGAAGGAGGACUCUGACUCGGAUGAUGUCUGGAUGGACGAGGAAGAGAAGGAGGUCAUUCUAGCAGCCAGGAAGAAACAGCAGGAGGAGAGAGAGAAGAUGCAGGCUGAACUGAACAAAAAAGAGGAUGAAAAGAGAGAGGUAGAGACGGCCACCCUGAGUGAGCCAGAGAAAGAGGGAGAUGAAAAUCUCCAGGAAGAGAGUGAGGAAGUGAGAAAGGAAGAGAUGAAGAGAGAGAUGGCAGUCAAGCAGGAGAAAGAGAGAGAGGAGUUGAGACAGAAAGAGAGAGAGGAGUUGAGGAGGGCUGCCGAGAAUAUCACCUGGACGUCCAGUGAUGAGAAGGAGUACGACAACAGCGAAAGCGACACUGACUCGGAUGAUGUCUGGAUGGACGAGGAAGAGAAGGAGGUCAUUCUAGCAGCCAGGAAGAAACAGCAGGAGGAGAGAGAGAAGAUGCAGGCUGAACUAAACAAAAAGGAAUAACUUGUUUAUGCCCAACAGGGCAACUCUUUAUUCAACUUUGACACAUAAAUCGUUUCUACAGACUUUCUGUCCCUACACUUUACAGAUUUGUAACACUUUGAAAAACACUUAAUUGUUGCAAUUGUUUUGUAUUUGUAAGUAAAACAAUAUGUUAUUUGAACAA